UCACAUCACUCAAAACGUGAAGAAGCAGACCGGAUAUCCAAGCCAAGCCAAGCCAAGCCAAGAAUAGAGGAAAGAAAAAUUAAUGGAGGCCACAAAGGAAAGGAGAGAGCUGAUGGAGAAAGAGGAGAAGGAAGAAACCAAGAAGAUUGAUGAUCCAAUGGGAAAAGCCAGAGAGCUGAUUAGAGAGGCGAUCAUAAACAAAAACGGAGAGAGUGAUGACAGAAUUAGUGAAGAAAAGGGAGGAUCUACAUCUACUGCACAAAAUCCUGAAGAUGUUUUAGCCUAUUCAAGAACUGUUCAUCACACUGAUUCUUCACUGGAAUGAUCAUUCAAUUUGAAUUAUUGUCACUCGUUUGGUUAUUAUAUUGUGAGCGUUUUUUUUUUUUUUAAUUCCCUUUUGUUUUUGCCUUUUUUUGAAUUUUCUUGAACUAGUUGUAUUUGGUUCCUUUAUAAUAGAUUAACAACUUUCUUGAUUAAUAAACUCACUUGUUAGAAAUCU